UUUGUAACUGUAUUUAUAUAUGUGGUAUAUGAUUCAUGUGGGUUUUUUUUAAAUAGACAACCGAUUUUAAAUCUGUUUGAUUUCAAAACAUUCGCGACCACAAACUACAGCGCAUAACUUACGGACCAAUUUACCCCACAGGAGUUUCUACACGGAAUGAUUAACCUGCUGCACACCACGGAAAACCUACUACUACUGUGUAUGUUGGUUUGGUUGUAUUUUUAUUUGGUUUUACAGGAAACUUUUUUUUUGUAAAGUAAGAUACAUUUCUGAAAUCAACUAAAGUUACUGCAAAGGAGCAUCACAUGAUUGAAAAUGAAUGAGUGGAGUGCUCUGGCGAAAGUCUACAACCCCCUGAAGGCUGGCAGCAUCGACAGCACUGACGUUGAGCCCCAUGACCGAGCCAUAUGGCGGGCGAUGAAUGCCCAUUACCAGCCCAAUAAAGCGGUAACAGGUGACCCACAGCUCACACUGUUUGUCUCAAGGCUCAACAAAAAGACAUCCGAAGAAGACCUCCACAAUAUUUUCUCCAAAUUCGGUGACAUCAGACGACUGCGGCUUGUCCGGGAUGCCGUAACUGGCUUCUCCAAGGGCUACGCCUUUGUGGAGUACAAAGAGGAGCGCUCUCUAAUGAAAGCAUGGAGAGAUGGCAACAAGAUGGUAGUGGACCAGCACGAGGUUUUUGUGGACUUUGAGCAGGAGCGCACGCUGCAGGGCUGGAUACCGCGGCGAUUCGGCGGUGGUCUGGGAGGAAAGAAAGAGUCGGGCCAGCUGAGGUUCGGGGGCAGGGACAGGCCAUUCAGGAGACCCAUCAAUUUGUCUGUUGCAAUGCCCAGACCAGCUGAGCGGUGGAGAGAUGGAGAUGGAGGGAGAGAAGAGAGACAGAGAGAUGAAAGGAGAGACACGUCUCCAGACUGGGACAGAGGGUACGGGAAGCGACAGCGGAAUCGGAGGGACGAUUGGGAGCGAGUGGACGAUCGAGGUAGUAGAGACUACAAUAAAGACAGACGGGAAUCCAGACGUCACCGGGACAGGAGUAGCGAGAGACAAUCCAACCGAGGAAAGGAUGAAAGGAGAUAUCGGGACUCGUACAGAGAUUCUGAGAAAAGAUGAAUCGUAUUCUAUAAAACUUUCUACUUUUGACCGAUGCUAUUUUUUCCCCUUUACACACCCAUGGAUGAGACAAAACUAAGUUCAGAGAUGUACAGAAAGAGCCAUAAGUCAAAUCAAAAUAACACAUGAAUGUGCUUGUGGUCAGUUUGCAUCACAUGAUGACAUUAAAAUUAGCCAGCUUCCCAGAAA